AUGGGUCGCUCACCAUUGAAAGGGAAACGAAUUGACUUCGGGUCGCCCUGGCGCCCGUUGCCCUCAAAACGGACUCGGCCCGAAAGGGAGCCCAAGAAGAAGGCUCCUCGUCCAGCCCCCCAAAGAUCUCCUGUUGGCGCUGCCUCUUCGGCUCUUCGUCCGCCGACUCCUGCUCGACGUGAAGCCGCUCCGUCUUCUCGCCCUUCUCCCCCUCCGGCGAUCGCUCGAGUGACUUCCCCGGGUGGAACCGUCGUUGAUGUACCUGUCCCGGAGCAACUGACCUUCCGUAUGACCUUCUCCAUCCCUCUGGACGACCUGGAUGGUCCAAUUACGGGGCUGAUGAACGAGGAAGAUUACGUCCGCUACCAGGAGACGCACCCGGACGAUGAAGAACUGAUCGUGCCACCACUCAUGCCGGCCUUCUGGGACUUGCUUUGCCCAUCCCCUCCUGGACCAUCGGGAGGGUUCUUUGGGAGCGACUCCUCUACGCCGGGCGAGUGA